AUGGGUGAUGUUAGAAAAGCAGCUGACAUCAGUGAUUUGGAUCAGUGGGAGUCUGACACACUUUACUCUAAUUCAGAAAUCAGAAACUUGAAUGAUUCUGCUACACUUCCAAAUAACUUGCCAAGCCCUUCUGAGCACUCUGCUUUAGCAAACUUUGAAAAGCUAACUGGAGUUUUGCCUUUGAAUAAUGAGGACCAAUUGAAAUCUAGUGGGGUAGACCUAGCUAGAGACUCAGAAGAACUUAAUUCUCUGAAGCAAUGUGACAGUUCAGAUAUUAGCCAUAUAGAAAAUGAAGCUUCUCCAAAGACCUCGUCAGCAACCCCACAAGAGACCCUUAUUUCUGAUGAUCUCUUCCCAAUAAAUGAAGAACAGAGAGCAUCACUUUUGGAGGUCACUCCAGACCCCUAUGUAAUAAGUCUUCAGAACCUAAUGAAAAAAUCAAAGGAAUACAUAGAAAGAGAACAAUCUAGGCACAGUUUGAGAAGUAGUGUAAAGAGGAUAGUUAGUGAGAGUCACUCAGACAAAGAAAAUGAUGCUGUUAAAGUUACUGACUGUGUAAAGGAGAAGACCCCGUUGCUAGGCAAACACUGUGGCUCAGUCAUUCCUGACAAACCAAGCCUUAAUAAGUCCAAUGUCCUCCUCCAGGGUGCUUCUGUUCAAGCAAGCAGCAUGACCAUGGGAAUUUUGGGUAGCUUUUCCAAAGUAGACAUACCUGUACGAAGUGGUCACCCAACUAAUUUAGACCCCGAUUCUGAUUUUAAAGUCAUUCCCACUUUUGUUACUGAAAAUAAUGUUAUCAAAAGUCUUACUGGCUCAUAUGCCAAAUUACCUAGUCCAGAGCCAAGCCUGAGUCCUCAAAUGCACCGAAGGCGUUCUAGGCCAUCAUCAGCAUGUCAUAUACUGAUAAAUAACCCAAUAAAUGCCUGUGAAUUAAGUCCUAAAGGAAAAGAACAGGCAGUAGAUUUAGUUGUUCAAGAUACUGAUGAAAAAGCAGAUGUACCCGCAACUGUGCCAAAGUUACCAAUGGAUUUAGUAGGAGUUUGCUCAAGCAAAGUUUAUGUCAGCAAAAAUACAUCUGAAGCCUUAGAGGAAAUGGUUUUAGGUAAAUCAACUCAGGUAUGUCAAUCUUCAGGAAAUCUGUUGGAAAAUAAAGUUAUCCAUGGACUUGCUGUGGGUGAAGGUCAGUCAGCAGCUGACGGGAGAGGACACCAAGUGGAGAGUGCUUGUGGGGCAGUGCCCAGAUUGCAGGAGCCAGAUGCCACCAGUGAGCGUGCAGGGAGUCAAAACCUUGGAACUGUGAGUGGACUCAAGUCGGCCGGUGUGUUAGAGAAAAACUCCUGCAGUUUACAGAUGGAGCUGAAUAAGUCUUAUGAUGUAAAAAACCCAUCUCCUUUACUGAUGCAAAACCAGAAGACUAGGCAGCAGCAAAUGGACACCCCCACUGUGUGCUAUGGGAAUGAACAGUUUUUGGAAAGCAGUUUUGAGAAAGUUAAACGGAGACUUGAUUUAGAUACAGAAAGCUUGCAGAAGGAAAAUUGCCCUUAUAUCAUAACAACUGGAAUAGCUGAGCAGGAAAGGCAACAUUUGUCAGAGAAACGACACCCAAAGGGAUCUGUCUACAUUAACAAGAAUAAAAUAUUAGAAAAUAUUUCCAAAGAAGGUGAGGAGAUAUUAAAAAGCAAAAUGUUAGCUUUUGAAGAAAUGCGGAGAAGACUGGAAGAGCAGCAUGCCCAGCAAUUAUCACUACUCAUAGCUGAGCAGGAAAGGGAACAGGAAAGAUUGCAAAAGGAAAUAGAAGAACAGGGGAAAAUAUUAAAAGAGAAGAAGGUGAUGACCACAGAAACCUCUGAGUUGGUCAUGAAUGAUGCGAUUUUCAGUCCAGAAGUCCAAGCAAAGUUUAAUAAAAUAACAGCAGUGGCAAAAGGAUUUCUUACUCGGAGACUGAUGCAGACAGAUAAACUGAAGCAGCUUCGACAAACAGUGAAAGAUACCAUGGAAUUCAUAAGAAGUUUUCAGUCGGAAGCGCCGUUAAAGAGAGGCACUGUUUCAGCACAGGAUGCUUCUCUGCAGGAAAGAGUCUUAGCACAGUUGCGAGCGGCCCUGUACGGUAUUCAUGACAUAUUCUUUGUCAUGGAUGCAGCUGAAAGGAUGUCUAUUCUGCAUCAUGAUCGAGAAGUUCGCAAAGAGAAAAUGCUCAGACAAAUGGAUAAAAUGAAGAGUCCACGCAUAGCCCUUUCAGCUGCAACACAGAAGUCUCUUGAUAGGAAGAAGUUCAUGAAAGCUGCUGAAAUGGGAAUGCCUAAUAAGAAAUUUCUGGUUAAACAAAAUCCUUCUGAAGCAAGAGUCCUUCAGCCAAACCAAGGACAGAACGCACCUGUUCACAGGCUUCUUAGUAGACAAGGAACCCCUAAGACAUCAGUGAAGGGGGUUGUGCACAAUAGACAGAAGUCUUCACAGAGCAGAGUGCCUAGCAGAGCGCCUGUUGCAGGAGUAUAUGCAGGAAAAACCCAAAGAAAGCGGCCAAAUGUUGCGACAAUUUAAGAAGACAACAUUCAUUAGGAUAAAAGGUUGGGGGUGUGUAUCGUGCGUGUUUGUCCUGCCCAAGACUUUAACUGUGGGCUGUUCCAUGGGUGAAGUCAGAGGACUGAGCAGUUCUCUGGCUGUUUGGCUGAGAGUGGCUGACGCCUUCCACACAUCCCAUUUUUGGGUAAAGAGAGUUAGUAUCAGUCAUUGAUUCAUCUCCAUGCUAAACCUAUACAAGUUUGUUUAAUGUACCCAGAUAUCUGCAGAGAAACUUUUUGUAAAUUUGAGGAACAUUUGGGGUUCUAUAAAACAUUGAAAAGAUAUGUUGAAUUAUAAAUAAAUUCUGAAAUACGGUUUUCAACCUCUGGUGAAUUUGAGAAACAAAUUAGAUACUAUUCUACUCAAGGGGAGAUUACUGCUGAAGAAUGUUUUCUCCUCGUUUUAUAACUUGAAAAACUGGUUAUUCUCUCAUCUUCAUGUUCUUGGAGUUAAUAGUAUGACCACAGAGGAUAAAGCACUGCCUGCUGAUUGUGAUCCACCUAAAAUUUACCACAGAAGUAUCUGGGGGUCACCAUUACGGUUGCAAGUGUACAUUCCUCCUACCAACUUAUUGGUUUACAGAAGUGUAAACGAAAUCUUAGAAAUAUUUCUGGGGACUCUUAGAAAUAUUUCUACUAGAUUGGAGGGUAGCAAAUGGGGGAGACAGCACAAUCUCUGUGAAUGUAACAGGAUGGAAUAGGAAUGCAUCUUUACAUCCAGUGCUGUAAUCAGUAACAUGUUGCAUGCUGUUAUGUUUUCUAUUUUGUCUGUAUAAUUUUGUUUCAUCAUAGUCUACUUUUUCUGGCAUGCUUGAUUUAGGAGAAGAUAAAGGGCUAUAUAAUACCAUAAAUUCAGAUUUCCAAAUUGGGAUAAUAUUGUUUAGUUGAAAUUCUGAAUUACUUAAGAGGCACUGAUGUUAUCACUGACAUGUUUAUUUUUUAAAAUGUUACCAAGGAAAUAUGAUUUUAUAAAAGAGAAUGUCACUGUUCAUUUAUCACAGCAAUUCCAAAAAGGGCUUUGUGCUUCUCACAUAAAAUUGGGACUGUGUGCAUUUACUCUUUCUAACUUGAAUUUAAAACAAAUACUGGUAUUUUGAAAAUGCAGACUGUAUAUAUUCUUAAUAUCCUUUUGUGACUUUAGGGAUAGAUCACUCAUUUAAAAUUUAACUUUUACAUCCAGCUGUAGACAAGAUAAUAAUCUACUCUGGGUAUAAACUUGAUUUUCUUUGUUAAGAAGCAUCAAUUACGGAAUGAAUGAACCAGAAAAUUAGAAGAUGGUGAAAAUUGUGUUGCCAGUUUUUGUGUUUGUAGGCAAAGUAUCUCAGUUAUCUUGUUAAUAUGACACGUUGUGCUUGAUCAUUCUGAAAACUCAGGAUGCAGCUUACUCAUGUCAUAGUGGGUUUUUCCAGUAUGAAAGAUAGACUUCUGUGUACACUAAUGCAGAUAGGCUAAAACAAAUGGUAUGUUUUAGAUAAAGUUAGACCUAGUUUCAGAUUAAGAAUGAGAAACUUGAGUGUUUUUUAAAUUUAAAAAUAACAAAGUUUUUGUGUUUUACAUAUUUUUUAAUGUUCUCAGCCUUUUCUCAUAAGUGCCAGACAUUGUUUUGUGCUUUCAGUGAAUUUUUAUUUAUAUGCAUUAUUUUUGU